GCCCCCCAGCGCCCCGCGCUGCCACUCGCUGCUUUCCGCCACCACCACCACCCCUCGCCGGCCGCCGCCUCCCUCACCGGCCGCCGCAGCGCGCCAUAUUCUGCCCUCCUGAUCCGCCGCUCCAAACCCGCUGGGGAGAGGAGGCGGCUCCGAGGAAGAUGGGGUGGAAGGCUGCGGAGAAGCUCAUCAGGCACUGGAAGAUCCUCCGCGGUGACAACGUAAUCUCUCUCGUUCUCUACCCCCCCCCCCCCCUCCGUCCCCCCGUCCCUCUUGUUAGUCCUACUUUCUUCUCAUUGCUAGAUCCCCCAUUCCCCCUUGUUUUUCACUGCCAGGUGAUGAUCAUCAGAGGCAAGGACAAGGGGGAGACUGGGCUCAUCAAGCGGGUCAUUCGGUCGCAGAAUCGCGUCAUCGUCGAGGGCAAGAAUUUGGUUAAGAAACACAUUAAACAAGGCGAAGGGCACACAGGAGGUAUUUUCUCCAUUGAAGCUCCACUUCAUGUUUCAAAUGUCCAAGUAGUUGAUCCUGUCACUGGGAAACCAUGUAAGGUUGGACACAAGUAUUUGGAAGAUGGGACCAAAGUCAGGUUCGCUAGAGGGAUGAAUGCAUCUGGUGCUGUGAUCCCCCGGCCAGAAAUUCUGAAGGAGAGAAGAAAACCGAGACCUACAUCACCUGGACCAAAGGAUACACCAAUUGAGCUCGUGCUGGAGAAGACCUACGAUGAGAAAGCUGGGAUUGGUAUGCCUGAUCUAUAGAUGCCACGUUGGUUGUGCUGACUUUAGUAUUUGUGACCAGGUCCUAGUGAAGGUAUUAGGGGUUGGAUGAUUGUUGCAGCUGUACCGUACUUCCCUCAUAAUAAUCAUGUAUUGAAAAUCGGAAGAUCCAUUACUGGCAUGUGUGUUGUCUUUCUUUUGUCCGAGUGUUUGGUUACUUCUGCAGAAACACAUCAUUGGAUGAGAAACGGCAAACAUAUGUAUCUUCUUAAUGAGAUAUCCCGUUCUGAAAAGAGAUGGAAAUUGAACUGGCUCCCAGUGAA